AUGCGUAGAUCUUCAGCAGGUGAAUUGGUUCCAUUGGAUUUAGAAAUUGAAACAACCUUCAGAAGAAACAACACAGAGAGAAAAAUAAAUCUUUUGCACGACAGAACAGUAGCAUCAAUCCUUGAAGAGGCUCACUUUUCUGAGUCAUCAUCUUCUAAUUCACCUACAUCCAAGGAAUCUCAAACAGCAGAAUUUGAAACCGAAGUCAUGGCUGAAGAGCAACCUCUACGAUUGAUUCAGAACAAUUUGUUUCAUGGUAUGCCAAAUGAAGACCCAUAUGCACAUCUAGCCACUUAUAUUGAGAUUUGCAACAUUGUCAGAUUGGCUGGCGUGUCUGAGGAUGCUGUUGUAGGUUGUGUUAUAUGUGGUGGAGCACAUGAUUCUAGCUGCUGCAUUCCCACAGAAGAUACAACACAUGAAGUGAACUAUAUGGGAAACCAGCCAAGACCAAACUUUAAUUCAGGUGGGUAUUUUGGAUUUCAACAUGGCCAGCAAUAUAAUCAGCAACAGGGACAGUGGAGAACUCACCCUAGUAAUCAGUUCAAUAAAGACCAAGGUGGGCCAUCUAACAGACCACAGCAACAAGGGCCUAGUCUUUAUGAUAGAACGACAAUGCUGGAAGAGACUCUUGCUCAGUUCAUGCAAGUAUCCAUGUCCAAUCAAAAGAGCACAAAGUCAACCAUCAAGAAUCUAGAAGUCCAGGUGGGACAAUUGGCAAAACAACUGGCAGACCAACCGUCAAGCAGCUUUGGAGCUAACACAAAGAAGAAUCCUAAGGAGGAGUGCAAGGCUGUUAUGACUAGAAGCAAAAUGGUGAGCAAGAAUGAAGGUGAGAAGAGGAUAGGUGAAGAAAAACAACAGCUGGUGACUGAACUAGCAAUUGACCUAGUGGUGGAACCUUUGAGUGAGACUGAGGAAGAAGUGGAAGUAGAUGAUGAUCAGCAGAAGGAGAUACCAAUAAUUGAAGAGGAAGCUCAGCUGGUGGAAAUUUUGAAGAAGCAUACAAUAGCUAUUGGGUGGCAUAUCUCAAAUUUGAAAGGAAUCAGCCCUUCUUAUUGUAUGCACAAGAUCAACAUGGAAGCUGAUUAUAAACCUGUCAGACAGCCACAAACAAGACUAAAUCCAGUCAUGAAGGAAGAGGUAGUUCCAAAGAAAGGUGGCAUGACAGUUGUUAGAAAUGAAAAGAAUGAUUUGAUUCCAACAAGAACUAUCAUUGGAUGGAGAAUGUGUAUAGAUUAUCGAAAGCUGAAUGAUGCCACCAGAAAGAACCACUACCCACUUCCCUUCAUGGACCAAAUGCUUGAACGGCUGGCAGGACAAUCAUUUUACUGUUUUCUAGAUGGAUACUUUGGAUAUAAUCAAACUGAUGUGGACCCUAAGGAUCAGGAGAAGACUGCCUUUACUUGUCUCUUUGGUGUAUUUGCUUACAGGCGAAUGCCUUUCAGCCUUUGCAAUGCUCCUGCAACUUUUCAGAGAUGUAUAAUGGCAAUCUUCGCAAAUAUGAUGGAGAAGAGUAUUGAAGUGUUUAUGGAUGACUUUUCUGUUUUUGGAUCCUCAUUUGAAUGUUGUUUAUCCAAUUUGGAGAGAGUAUUAAAAAGGUGUGAAGAAACCAAUUUAGUUCUAAACUGGGAGAAAUGUCAUUUAAUGGUGAAAGAAGGCAUUGUGCUAGGACACAAAAUUUCUACCAAGGGGAUAGAAGUAGAUAAAGAAAAGAUUGAUGUGAUAGAAAAAUUACCCCUUCCAGUAAAUGUCAAAGGGAUAAGGAGCUUUCUAGGGCAUGCUGGAUUCUAUCGGCAAUUCAUUAAAGAUUUCUCAAAGAUUGCCAAACCACUCAACAAUCUGCUUAACAAGGAUACUGCAUUUAUAUUUGAUGAAGAAUGCUUGCAAGCAUUUAACAUUCUCAAAACAAGACUAGUAUCAACUCAUGUGAUUACAGCACCAGACUGGGGUUAA